AACUUCGGGCGGAAGAGGCUCCCUGGGCGGACCGGAAAAGGCGGCCCCGGAGAGAGGUGCUGUCGGCUGAGCCUCGUGGAGGCGGAGAUUGCCUCAUCUGUGGUAUCAGACGUCAUAGCAUGGGGCUCACCAAGCAGUACCUGCGUUAUGUGCCAAGUGCAGUCUUUGGCCUUAUUGGCAGUCAAAAGGGUAACAUUGUUUUUGUGACACUUCGUGGAGAGAAGGGACGCUAUGUGGCAGUGCCAGCCUGUGAACAUGUUUUCAUCUGGGACUUAAGGAAAGGCGAGAAGAUCCUCAUCCUUCAGGGACUUAAACAGGAAGUCACUUGCUUGUGCCCUUCCCCAGAUGGGCUGCAUUUAGCUGUGGGCUACGAGGAUGGCUCCAUCCGAAUCUUUAGUCUCCUCAGCGGGGAAGGGAACGUGACCUUCAAUGGACACAGAGCCGCUGUCACUACUCUGAAGUAUGAUCAGCUAGGAGGGAGACUGGCUUCUGGGUCCAAGGAUACAGAUGUUAUUGUGUGGGAUGUGAUCAAUGAGAGUGGCCUGUACCGCCUAAAGGGACACAAGGAUGCCGUCACACAAGCUCUGUUCCUACGAGAAAAGAAUCUGCUAGUUACCAGUGGGAAAGAUACCAUGGUGAAAUGGUGGGACCUUGAUAACCAGCACUGCUUCAAAACAAUGGUUGGCCACCGAACUGAGGUGUGGGGAUUGGUUCUGGUAUCGGAAGAAAAGCGGCUAAUCACUGGCGCUGCAGACAGUGAGCUGAGAGCUUGGGACUUAGCCUAUCUGCAGGAGCAGAUUGAGGACCCAGAAGAGCCUAAUCCCAAGAAAAUCAGAGAAUCUUCUCCGGGAAAGCAAGAGAGACUUGAAGCCAAGGAUGGAGACUCCGAGAUGGAUGGAGAGCCCGAGACAGAUGAAACUCCAGAGGAUCGUAUUCUUUCAUGCAAGAAAGCUGGCUCCAUUAUGCGGCAAGGAAGGGACAGAGUUGUCAGCCUUGCAGUCGACAAGACCGGUAGGAUUCUUGCUUGCCAUGGAACCGACUCUGUGCUAGAAGUGUUCUGUGUACUUUCCAAAGAAGAAGUUCAGAAGAAAAUGGACAAGAAGCUGAAGAAAGCUAAGAAGAAAGCAAAAUUAAAUUCUUCCCAAGGGGAGGAAGAGGAAGAGGACCUUGAAGUCAAUGUUGAAAUGACUCUUCAAGAUGAAAUCCAGCGCGUGACUAAUAUCAAAGCUUCUUCCAAAAUCAAGUCCUUCGACUUCAUUCACUCUCCUCAAGGAGAGUUAAAGGUGGUCUUCCUGCUCCAGAACAACCUGGUUGAGCUGUAUACCCUGAACACAUCCCUGGCGGCCCCUCAGCCUUCCAGGACCAGCAGGGUGUUCGUCGGGGGCCACCGCAGCGACGUGCGCACUCUGUCGUUCAGCUCUGAUAACAUCGCUGUGCUGUCUGCGGCAGCCGAGUCUGUUAAGAUCUGGAACAGGUCUACACUGCAGUGCAUUCGCACAAUGACCUGCGAAUAUGCUCUUUGCUCCUUCUUUGUUCCCGGUGAUAGGCAGGUGGUCAUAGGGACCAAGACAGGGAAGCUGCAGCUUUAUGACUUGGCCUCAGGAGAUCUGCUGGAGACCAUAGAUGCCCACCAUGGGGCUUUGUGGGCCAUGUCCCUCUCUCCAGAUCAGCGUGGCUUUGUGACAGGUGGGGCAGAUAAGUCUGUCAAGUUUUGGGACUUUGAGUUGGUGAAAGAUGAAAACAGUAGCCAAAAGAGACUUUCAGUGAAACAGACUCGAACCUUACAGCUAGACGAAGAUGUUCUGUGUGUCAGUUAUUCUCCUAAUCAGAAGCUGCUGGCUGUGUCUUUGUUGGACUGUACUGUGAAGAUAUUCUAUGUUGACACGUUAAAGUUUUUCCUCUCACUGUAUGGACACAAACUGCCAGUCAUCUGUAUGGACAUCUCUUAUGAUGGGGCAUUAAUAGCUACUGGCUCUGCUGAUAGGAAUGUGAAAAUCUGGGGUUUGGACUUUGGGGACUGCCACAAGUCCCUCUUUGCCCAUGAUGACAGUGUCAUGUACCUGCGGUUUGUACCAAAGUCUCACCUCUUUUUCACUGCUGGGAAAGACCAUAAGAUUAAGCAGUGGGAUGCAGACAAAUUUGAACACAUACAAACGCUAGAGGGGCACCACCAGGAAGUCUGGUGCCUGGCCGUGAGUCCCAGUGGAGACUACAUUGUCUCAUCGUCUCAUGACAAGUCUCUGAGACUUUGGGAGAGAACAAGGGAACCUCUGAUUCUAGAGGAGGAAAGAGAAAUGCAAAGGGAAGCAGAAUAUGAGGAGGGUGUGGCCAAAGAAGACCAACCAGCAGUUCCAGGUGAGACUGAAGGUGGCAGUUACUUUACCGGAAAGAAAACUAUUGAGACAGUGAAAGCGGCUGAGAGGAUCAUGGAAGCCAUCGAGCUGUACCGAGAAGAAACUGCAAAAAUGAAAGAACACAGAGCCAUUUGUAAAGCUGCAGGGAAAGAGGUUCCUCUUCCUGUCAACCCCAUCCUGAGGGCAUAUGGCAACAUCUCACCUUCAGCUUAUGUACUGGAGAUUUUUAAAGGAAUCAAGUCAAGUGAACUGGAAGAGUCUCUGCUUGUGCUGCCUUUCUCUUACGUCCCUGACAUCCUGAAGCUCCUCAAUGAAUUCAUCCAGCUCGGCUCAGACAUCGAACUUCUUUGUCGCUGUCUCUUCUUUCUCCUCAGGAUUCACUUUGGACAGAUUACUAGCAACCAAAUGCUUGUGCCUGUGAUAGAGAAACUGAAGGAAACAACUAUUUCAAAAGUGAGACAAGUUCAGGAUGUAAUUGGCUUCAAUAUGGCUGGUCUUGAUUAUCUCAGGAGGGAGUGUGAGGCAAAGAGUGAAGUUAUGUUCUUUGCCGAAGCUACAAGCCAGUUGGAAGAGAAGAAGAGGAAGAGGAAAAACAGGAGGAAGAUGAUUUUAACAUUGACUUAGAACUGAAAGUGUACCAUUUUCUACUUUCCAUGUAAAGAAACUCUAAGCCGACCUGCAAGGACUGGCCGUCAUCUUAACAGCAGCAAAUAACAGAAGUCCGUGUUACAGAAGGGCUCUCCAUGCAGCUCCUGGGCGGCUGUGGUCCGGCUCCAUUUCUUGGGCUUAGGAGCAUGAUUAGAUUAAAAACAAAACAAAAAAAAACCCUUCCUGUGCUCUUGAGGGUGAUCCCAGCAGAAGUUUUUCUUUUUACAUGCUAGCAGGGAGCAAAGAAUCUUUUUUAAAUUAGGUAGUUAGAUUACUAGAGUUCAGAGUAACAUUUCAAAAGUUUAUUUAUUUUUGUGGCACAUGAGGUAUACUUUGUUAUUUUCCAUUGCUUUACUUCAGAGGCAAUCAGGUACUUGACUUUACUGUACAUGUAGUGUCAUGGAUUUUUGAGGAUAAAAGAAGAGGAAAAUCUAUCUAGAGCAACUUAUACAAACCUGUUGUGUUUCCUCAUUGCUGUUUAUACUUUCCCAAAUAAAAUAGUUGUUUACAGAGAAUAGUGAGGCAAAGUUCUCUCAGUAAUACAGUGGUGUCUAGGUGACUGGUAUACUUUGUGUGGCAUCUGUCUACAUGAUAGGAAUUUUGAAAGGUAGGAAUGUUCUAGAAAAAGGUUGGGAGAAACACCUCUGAACAAUGGACUUUCGAGGCAGGAGAUUUUUAAAUUUCUAAUUUGGACUAUUUGUUACAGGUCUGUUCAUAGUUUCUGCAUCUUUCAGAUGGUUCUCUUAUCUUUCUAUGAAUCUACUUCAUCCAAGUUUCUGAGUUAGGUUGCCAGCAUUUCCUCUGGCUCAGAGAUGCUAGUUUUGUAUGUGGCUUGGAUGGAGGCUUGUGUCCCAAAUCCCAGACCUGUAAGUCAUGACACAAUUACUGGAGUGAGGUAGGGGGUGUGGUGGUGGUACCGUUGGGCAUUGUAACGAUAAAGAAUGAGUUUUGGCGGUUCCCAAGAUAGCUCUGGAAAGGCGAGGGUGGACAGACAGCGGAUAGCCUGAUGGUCUCCGGUGAUGUCCGGGGAAUCAGUCUUCAGUUUUGGCACGAAUCCCUGCCAUCAUGAAUUACUUAAAUAUCUUGAAAUUCAUGAUGCAAAGAGAGAUUAAAUCCAUAUCCUGUUUGUACUUGUUGGAUUUAUGCCUCAGAGCAUUAGAUGAAUAAUUCCCCAUUAAUAUUUUCUAGUUCUUUUGUGGUGGAAUUGGGGCUCCCUGCCCCCGCCCUCCCUCAGCCUUUGCAGUUGAGGCUAGGAGUGUAGCACGUCAGCCUGUAGGAGGCCAGAGAAACCAGCCCUGUCUGACAACUUGCAGCUUUAGCCUCAUCCUGCUUUAAGGUACCUGGCUUGUGGUACGUCAUUAGGACAGCAGGGAAAAACAUAGGACACAUUGCUGUUGUCUCUCACGGACACAAGGUAGGUUCUCCAGGGACUCUGAUUCUCUGACAGCACUAUUGUAAGGAGGAGAAAACAGACAGAUAACAGAGCAAGGAGAGAGAAUUCAGCUAAGUCCCAUCUGGCCACAUCCUAAAGAGAUUUGGUGAGAUUGUCUAAUUUCACUCUUCAUUGGGGGAAAAUAGUUUUGAUGAAGGAUGUUAUUAAGAUCAGGAUGGUGGGCUCAUUAUUUGUUUCAGAGAAUUACGCUUUCCCCAGUUUGAAUUUAUUUAUUUUUUUGUCGGUCAUGGGGUUUGAACUCUGGGCCUGAGUGCUGUCCCUCAGCUCUUCAGCUUA